AUUACAUCAUUGCCACCAACAAACAACUUUAUUUUCUCCACCCAACCUUCUUUCAUUUUCAUGUCCUUCCCAUCCUAUAAUAUGCUUUACUUUUUAAAAUAAAUAUCGUCCAUGAACACUUUAUUGGCAAGUUAAAUAGUCACGUUCAGAUUCUGAGAUGAUAAAAAAAUUCUGAAAAUAUCCUGCAUUGUAGUUCAUCGUGUUGUGCAAUGUUCUUGUGAAUAGUGAUCACUUUUUGUUCUAUUCAUAGUUUUUCUCUGGAAUGAUCAUAGGUCCUUCCUUUAUCACAAAAUCUAACUAGAUACUGUUAAAUAUGAUCACUCCACUACUUUAAUGAAUUCUUGUUCUAAAGGGUAUCUUGAUCAGGUACUUCAAGCAGGUUAUUAUAUUGUUAGUCUCUUCUGCUUCUUCAAGUGUUUUUAUUAGUUAUUUUCUACAUUUCUCGCAUGUGGGUAUUUCAGUUCCCCUUUGAUACUUUCUCAUACUCGGUUGUAUCAUAUUUUCCUUGUAAGGUUUCUUCUGUUGCAUAGUUUUAUCAUCCUCACUGUGAUCCUGUGAGAAAGUAUUGCUAUACACUUCAGCCAUUUCAAAAUGUAUCUCAAAAUUGUUUCCAAUUCACCUUUGCUAUCACUAAUUUCAGUUUGAGAUUCAGCACAUUUAGUUUGAGGCAUCAACUACUUUUGUUGAAGUUGUUACAUGUUAGUUAGCCUCUAAAAUCUUCACAAUAAGUUCUAAAUUGCGGUCUGCGGUUGUGAAGUCCCCUCAACGGCACCGCGAAUGCAAUUGCGGUCGUAUCAAUCUGCAUUUGUCUGCAAUUCCGCAAAACAACGACAACACAAUGUCCAUUAGAUACUUCCCUCUUCGAUGGGAGAGUACAGGGGAUCAAUGGUGGUAUGCAUCUCCCAUAGACUGUGCUGCUGCUAAUGGCCACUAUGACCUGGUUCGUGAGCUGCUUCGAAUUGACAACAACCACCUCUUCAAGCUCACGUCCCUGCGCCGCAUCCGCCGCCUUGAACUUGUGUGGGAUGAAGAUGAGGAACAGUUCAGUGGUGUUGCAAAGCAUCGUUCUGAGGUGGCCCAGAAGCUUCUCCUUGAGUGUGAAUCCAAGAGGGGGGAGAACAAGAAGAAGAAGAACUCUCUCAUGAGUGCAAGUUAUGGUGGAUGGCUAAUGUACACUGCUGCAUCAGCUGGUGAUUUGGGUUUUGUUCAGCAGCUUCUUGAGAGGAACCCUCUUCUGGUGUUUGGGGAAGGAGAGUACCAUGUGACUGAUAUUUUCUAUGCUGCUUCCAGGAGCAAGAACAGUGAGGUUUUCAGAUUGCUCUUUGAUUUUGCAGUUUCCCCAAGGUUUCUUAAAGGUGGGGUUUUGGAGCAACAUGUUGGGGAUGUUCCUUCAGUUUACAGGUGGGAGAUGACCAACAGAGGUGUCCAUGCUGCUGCUAGAGGAGGCAAUGCAGAGAUUUUGGAGAGGCUUCUUGCUAAUUGCUCUGAUGUUUUGGCUUAUAGAGAUGCUCAGGGAUCUACUGUCUUGCAUUCAGCUGCAGGCAGAGGGCAGGUUGAGGUAAUCAAAUAUCUCACAACAUCCUUCGACAUGAUCAACUGCACAGACCAUCAGGGAAACACUGCUUUGCAUGUUGCUGCAUACAAAGGCCAGUUAGCUGCAGUUGAAACUUUAGUUUCUUCAUCUCCUGCAUUAAUCUCUUUCCGAAACAAUGCCGGAGAAACUUUUCUCCACAAGGCUGUGUCUGGCUUUCAAUCUCCAGCAUUCCAAAGAUUGGACCGACGCAUCGAGCUUCUGAGGCAGUUACUAACUGACAAAAAAUUCCACAUAGAGGAAAUCAUCAAUGGAAAGAACAGUGAUGGAAGAACUGCACUUCACAUUGCCUCAAUGGGAAACAUUCACACUGAUCUUGUAAAACUCCUGAUGACUGAUCCGUCGAUAUAUGUGAAUGUGAGUGAUGCUGAUGGAAUGACCCCUCUUGAUUAUCUUAGGCAAAGUCCCAACUCUGCAAUAUCAGGUGUAUUAAUUAGGAAAUUUAUCUCAGCUGGGGGAAUGUUCUGUUAUCAAGGUUAUAAUAACUCAAGAAAAUCCAUAGCUUCUUCACACAUGAAAGUGCAUGAUAUUGAAAGUAGUCCUGGAACAUCAUUUAGAAUUUCAGACACUCAAAUGUUCUUGUACACAGGCAUUGAGAAUUCAUUUGAAUCAGAUUGUAGUAAUGAUCAAGGAAUUGCAGGAUUGAGUUCAAGUUCAAGUUCAUCAGAGCACACUUCAUUAGAGAAUAGAUUGUCAACCACUAGCAAAAUUAGGCCAAGUGCUAUAUACAAUGUGGCUGUAGGUUUGAAAAGAGUCAUUCAAUGGCGUCGCGUGAAGGACGAGAAAUCUGAGGAGAGAUUCAAGAAAGCAAUGGAUGACUCUUCAGUGGACUCAUUCAGAAAAUUAAACUUCUCAGAUGAAACUCCAACAUCACUUCGACAAAGAUUUUUCAGGCACUCAGCACUUCCUAGCAAUAAAAGGAGUCUCUGUGUGAGGAGUUACCAGUCAAGUCCAAAUGCUAAGAAGAAAUUUGCUUCGGGACCGGUUCACGGAAGAACUAGCUCUAGCUCCUUCUCAAUAUCAUCAUUUUCUUCACCUAGAUCAAUUGAUAAGCAAAAGGGUAUUUGCAUUGACAAUGAUGGUGUAGCUGGACCAUCUUGCUUGAGUCAUUUACAUGGUGAUCAGGAAUCACCAAAUCUGGGAAAGCGAAUUUCGGUUAGUAAAAAGCUAAGGGGACACUACUUUUGCUUUUGUGAACCUCACCUUGAUGUUAAAACCUCAUUAACACAGUCAACAAGAGAGGCAGAGUUACAAGAAUCCUGUUGAUUCAGUUGCUUAAUUGGAUGAAACUUGCUAUUUCCUGAACAGGCUAAUGGUAAAACAGCACUUUAUCAAGGUGUGAGUGUAUCUAGUGUGUUCAUUAGUUGUAGGUUUAUAUGGAUAAGGGUAAUGCUAUAUGUUACGAAGGAAAGUAGUGUAAAAAAUGAUGAUGUGAGUGAUACCUACCUCUUCUUGCAUUUCUUAUCGUAACUUUUAGUAUUUUCCUAUGGAUAAUAUGUGAGUGUUAACAAGUGUUUGUCCUUA